GACACAUCACGGAAAUCAGAAUGGAUCACAUUCCUCGUCUAUCUGAGGUCCUGUACGUGGGUCUGUGUCGUAAGAUAGGGACACCAACAGAAGUGGCCAUCAGAAGGGACGUGAUGGACAUGUGGGAGAUGAUAGAAAAAAAUAAACAAAUAUAUACUGGAACUACAUAUAUGUUUACUGGUAGUUAUAGGGAGGGUUUCAGGUUUGACUCCUCUGAUAUGGACGUGAUGUUUUGGAAUCAUAGCCAUAAAAUGAUAAGCAAAGUUUCUCAGUUCAGCAUUUACGAUACAUCAAAACAUACCAUUAUCCUGAUGGAGGACACUGAUACACCCCCUGGAUUUGUCAUUUUACAACUUCUAACACAGCCAAAGGAUACAUAUAUCACAUCAGCACUUGUUUCCUUGAAGGGAAUAGGUUAUCUUUCAAAUUUGUUAUGGAGGGAAAACAAUUUGCAAAUCAUUAGGGAAUACAAGGGAUAUCACACUGUCGAAAGUCAUGGUCCUUGUUCAACUGGUUGCCAUGGAAAUAUUGAAAUUGAUCUUGCUUUUUGUCUUAAAAGUAUACACUGGACAAAAAUAACAAGUACUUGGAUUGAACGAUCUCUUAAUUACAACUGGCCUCCUGCAUUUGUGUUAAAUGAAAUUCUGAAGAACGGCUAUCAUUGUGUUCCUAUUGGGAAUAAUAUUUUAUCUCCCUUUUAUGAAUUAGAGUGGAGAUUAUCAUUUUCUCAAGCCGAACAAAAAUUAGUGUGUACCAUGAACCAUACCCAAUUCUUGUGUUACGGACUUCUGAAAAUAUUUCUAAAGGAAGUAAUCAAGGACAGUAUUGACGAACCAUUACUUUGUUCUUAUCACAUCAAAACCACAAUGUUUUGGAUAAUACAGUUGGAAACUAUUCAAUGGUGCCCAAACAAUUUACUGAAUUGUUUCUGGAAAUGUUUCAAAUAUCUCGUUCAUUGUGUUUACCGUGGCGUGUUUCCCAAUUUUUUUAUUCCUCAAAAUAACAUGUUUUUAAACAAAAUAAUUGGAUCUGCUCGUGGUUUUCUAUUCGAACAACUUAAUCAGUAUUACAGAAUGGGAGUGUCUUGUCUUCUUCUUAGUCCGACUCUCAGAUCAAUCCUGGAACCAGCUCUAAGAACUCCGUCAUUUGCUGUGCAUUUUCUCGAGGGACAUGUAAAAUCUGAUGUAGAAAUAGAUUAUCAUUGCAGGUUUGAAAUAUUUUCUCUUUCGUUUUCAAACAUGACUUAUCAAGAAAUGUUUACACAAUUGAAAUCGAUAGAAAGAUUAUUGCAAUUUUUAUUUUCGCCAUGCCAAACACUAACAUUACAAUGUUGUACAGCUCAAAUUCUUAUUGACAUGGUGUUCAUUGCGGCACACAGUUCUUUCUGCAAUACUCAUAAAGAGAUGUUUGCUUUAGAAAGAACUUUUUGUAACAUACUGAAACUGGCAGGAAGUAUAGGUUGUGAUUCUGAUUUACUGUAUUUAGCUUUGUAUUACUAUAGAAUUGGUAGAUAUCAUGGAACGAUUAGGUUAAUUCAUUUCAUUAGAAAAAGACUUUCACAGCCUUUCAUCUUCUAUAAUCUUCGAGACGAACAGAGAUAUAAAUCUGUAUGUAGACUGUCUCCGUCUGGACGAAUGAAAAUGGCAAGGGCAAAGGACCUAGUCCUUAAUGUGGGUGUUCUAUAUAUUCCAGAAUUAUUAUUAGAACAACAAGAAGCCAAGAACAGUGGAGAGCUCUCUCUAUUUAUAUCUCCAUUUCUUACACUAGAAUGGUUGUCCGUGUUAUCUUACUACAGACUUGGGAAUCGGCCUCAAUGUCAACAGUCACUGUCGGACUUAAAAACACUGCUGUUGUAUGAUGACGGGAGACAUAUACCUACAGAUCACAGAGAUCUAGCCUGGCAGAUACUGGGAAUCUGUCAGCACCUUGUGGGGGACUUACUUGGGGCAUUACAGUCUUAUCAAGAGUCAUUAAAAAAGGAGCCAUGCCACCGAAUACAGGAAGCUACAGAAGCUAGAAUAAAAUAUACUGAAAUGCAACUUCACAGACACAUUCUGUAAUCGGACAUAUUUAUACAGUUCUCUGUCGUAAAGGCAUAUAGGACCUCAAGAGGUGGUGCACUUAAACUAUAGAAAAAGAUAUUUCAAAAAAAAAUCUGUGACAUAUUGGACAUUCAGCAAUUUUAUUCAAAAAUUUAUUCAGUGUAAUCA